ACUUCCCCCGAACUGCCCGUUCCCCUGCAACCGCAGCUCCCCCACUACUAAAGUCACCGGAAGCUACUCCUCUCGUGGACUAGAGUAAUGUCUGCUGCAGCCUGCGCGUCACCGCGGGUCGGCAUGCUCACGUUCUCUGAGCUGGCGGGGCCGGCCGGCGCCGGCGCCGGCGAGCCGGCCGUGGACGCGCAGCUGUGGCUGGCGUGCGCGGGGUCCAUGUGCACCGUGCCGCUCGUGGGCGCCGCGGUCUACUACUUCCCGCAGGGCCACGCCGAGCAGGCUAAGGCGGCCGUGGACCUGUCAUCGGCGCGCGUCCCGGCGCUCGUGCCAUGCCGCGUCGUCGCCGUGCGGUUCAUGGCCGACCCACAGAGCGACGAGGUCUUCGCCAAGAUGCGCCUCGUCCCGCUCCGCCACGGGGAGGCGAUCGUGGACGUGGGCGAGGCUGCGAACGAGGCGAUGAGGGGCGGCGCUGGGGACGAGCAGACAAAGCCGGCGUCGUUCGCCAAGACGCUGACGCAAUCUGACGCGAACAACGGCGGGGGUUUUUCGGUGCCGCGGUUCUGCGCCGAGACCAUCUUCCCGGAGCUGGACUACAGGGCCGAGCCGCCCGUGCAGUACGUCUACGCCAAGGACGUGCACGGCGUGGAGUGGAAGUUCCGGCACAUCUACAGGGGCACGCCGCGCCGGCACCUGCUCACCACUGGGUGGAGCAACUUCGUCAACCAGAAGAAGCUCCUGGCCGGCGACUCCAUCGUCUUCCUUCGCGGCGAGGGCGGCCAGGUCCACGUCGGCAUCCGGCGCGCCAAGCGCGGGUUCUGCAUCGACGGGGGCGAGGAGAGCCCCUCCUGGGACCACUACCGGGGCCUGGUGCGCGGCCAUGCGAGCUCCUCCGGUGGAGACGCCUAUACGAACGGGAAGGUCCCAGCGGAGGACGUGGUCGCCGCAGCGAGGCUGGCCGCCGCCGGACAGCCAUUCGAGGUGGUCCACUACCCGCGGGCGAGCUCUCCCGAGUUCUGCGUCCGUGCGGCCGCGGUCACGGCGGCCAUGCAUGUGCAGUGGUGCCCGGGCAUGCGGUUCAAGAUGGCGUUCGAGACCGAGGAUUCGUCGCGGAUCAGCUGGUUCAUGGGCACCAUUGCCGGCGUCCAGGCCGCCGAACCUGUCCGGUGGCCGCAGUCUCCCUGGCGACUCCUUGAGGUGACCUGGGACGAGCCAGAGCUGCUGCAGAACGUGAAGCGCGUGUGCCCGUGGUUGGUGGAGCUGGUGUCGAGCAUGCCCAACCUCCACCUGCCGUCCUUCUCGCCGCCGCGCAAGAAGCCGCGCAUCCCACCGUGCACGGAGUUACCCUUCGAGGGCCGCCAGCUCUUCGACCCGGCCUUCCCGCCCAACUACCCACUGCCACUGGCGCCCCACCCCCACCCACAUCACGACCAAAACCACCGCGGUUCAGUCCCAUUCUUCCCCUUCCCGGACAGCAGCGCUGCUGCAGGCAUACAGGGAGCCAGGCAUGCGCAAUUCGCUCCAUCCUUUUCGGAUCUCCACAUCAGCAACCUGCACCAUAGCUCGCUGUUCUCCAGCAUCCGCUUCCCUGCAGAUCACCACGCCCCUCGCCCACCAAGGAUCAGCACCGACCUGACAAUCGAUAGCCCGCCAGCCCACCAAGACGCGCCGUGCUCUCUGUCAUCUGGCGCCAAAAAGCCCGACGAAGUCAAGCCACAGGGGCUAGUGCUCUUCGGACGCGCGAUACUGACCGAGGAGCAGAUCAAAGGUACUAACAGUUCCGUUGUCCCAGCCUCGGCGGGAGCCGCCGGGAAUGGCUCGUCCAAGUCCGACUGCGACGCCGAGAAGGCACCCAACACAUCUGAAGGCUCCGGCUCUGGUGUCAUUCAGGGCAGUCCUACCAAAAACAACUCGUCCCCUUGGAUAUUGCAGUGGUUUGGAGAUAAUGGCAGCCGGACAUCUGAGUUCGGCCUGGAGCCCGGCCAGUGCAAGGUGUUCAUCGAGUCCGAUGCCGUCGGCCGAAACCUUGAUCUCUCGGCGCUGGGCUCGUUCGAGAAUCUGUACACCCGCCUGUCCGACAUGUUUUGCAUUGAGAGCACGGAGCUGAAGAGCCAUGUGCUCUACCGCACCGCCGCGGGCGAGGUUAAGCACGUAGGCGAUGAGCCUUUCAGUGCGUUCGUGAAAUCAGCGCGGAGGAUCACAAUACUGACAGAUGCCGGCAGUGACAACAUACGGAGCUAGGAACGAACUACAUGCGUGACAGCCGAAAUUACUUCCUAGGAAGCAAUAAGCCGAACUACAUGCGUGACAGCCGAAUGAGCUGCGGUUUCUUUACUUCUUCGUCGAUCAGGCCUAGAGAAUUCAGCCAGGAAUUAACCUGAUGCGGUGUUCAG